ACUCCACUCCACACCAGUACCUAUCUAAUCUAUCAACUUUAUACGUCUUUAUAAAGAAGCUUCAAGCCAUUUGUGAACUUCCCCCCUCUUCUUUCUUCUCUCUUCUCUCUUCUUCUCCUUGAAAUUAAUCCUGUUUUGGCAUUUUUUUUGCUGGCUUAUUCUCUGUUUCAAAUGGGUUCCUUUUUGGAAGAGUCCUCGGGUUUGCUAGUAACUCAUCUACUAUACAAGGCAGCUCUUAUAAUUGCAGUGGUGAGAUGGGUCUUCUUGUACUGUUGGGCUUUCAGAGUCAGAAACAGGUCCUCUGAUGAAGCUGAGGCAGAGGCAGAGGCAGAGGCUUCUUCUCAGAUGAUAAAAGACAAUCUCAUACUGACCACCUUUGGUGAUUUCACCGAGAGAUUGGCAGAGGAGAGUAAAAGUUGUGACACUUGUGCUGUGUGCUUGAACAAGUUAAGAGUGCAAGAUGAGGUAAGAGAGCUCAGGAACUGUUGCCAUGUGUUCCACAGGGAAUGCAUUGAUAGAUGGGUAGAUCAUGAUCAUCAGAAUCAGACCACUUGUCCACUUUGUAGAGCCCCUUUACUGACUUCUUCACAAUUGCAGAACAGCUUGAAUAGUUGUGGAUCCUGCGGAUCCCAGCAGCCCAGCUGGGCAGUUGAAAGAAUUCUAUACCUCUUUGGGGACGAUCUGCUCUAAAGUUUUAACUUGAUUUGUAUAAGAGCUCAGCCCAAAACAGAAAGGCCCUUGAUGAGUUGAUGCAGAGAAGAGUUUUUAUUUUACUGUGUUGAUAGAAAAGGGAAAAAAAAGAUAGGGAAAUUCAUUGUAGUCCAACAAUGCUUGGGAUUUCUGUAUAUACAUGUACUUUUUACAGUCAAUACCUAUUUUGUAUAUUCUGAUAAAGAAAAAAUAAAACCAAUUUGUAUUCUCUCA